GUUAGUUGUCCUGAUAAUCUCUUUAAUUCUGUAAUUUAGAUGGGAGGUUUUGAUGAAGUUGCUCUUGACUACCUCUCUCUUGUCACUGAAAUGACUAGGCAUAUUCAUGUUAGAGCCGCUGGAGGAAAGGAUUUUUAUUUGGAUUGGGUCGAGGACAACCGCAAAAUAACUCCGCGGGACUACCUUCAACUUGCAUUGAGGCCAGUUCAAGGUGGUGAGAAAGAUGUUGCUGCUAAAAAUGAGGAAUCUGUCUUUUCUCAAUAUCAAUUCCACAUGUUACAUUAUCUGUUUGCCCAUACUCAGAACUUCACACUAUUUACGCCCAGCAACGAUGGAACUUAGUCUUGAAAUAAUACUACUGCUUGGUUAAAUAUUUCUAACAAACAUGGUACUAAGAUUUAACAUCGAUCAAAUAGCAUUAACAACACAAGAUUG